AUGAAUCUGGAGGAUGGUUGCAGGAGAGGCGUGUGCUAUGAGAAACCUCCCCCGGGGCUAAUUAAGGAGAAUGAAACAAAACCAGAAGACUGCAUACCUGAUGUACCCGGCAAUGAAAGUGCACGAGAAUUCCUGGCACAUGCCCCGACAAAAGGGCUUUGGAUGCCUUUGGGAAAAGAAGUCAAAGUCAUGCAGUGUUGGAGGUGUAAACGUUAUGGACACAGAACAGGAGAUAAAGAAUGCCCAUUCUUUAUUAAAGGCAAUCAGAAAUUGGAACAAUUUAGAGUAGCACAUGAAGAUCCAAUGUACGAUAUAAUAAGGGAAAACAAACGUCAUGAAAAAGAAAUGAGGAUACAGCAACUGAAGCAGCUCCUGGAGGACUCUACCUCAGAAGAUGAUGAUGAUAACAGUGAUGACAGCGAUGAGGAUGAUGAAGAUGGCAGCAGCUCCACUUCCUCAGAAUGUAGAGAUAAACACAAGAAAAGAAAGAGAAAGAAGGAAAAGAAGAAAAAAGAAAAGAAGAAGAAGAAAAAGAGAAAGCGUAAAUCAUCUAAAUCUAAUGAGAAGUCAGAAUCUGACUGAUGGCAGUCACCUGCUGCGUGCUCAUUGACCUUUACUUGUGAACUGGAAGGAAAGAUCCAAAGAAUGAGGAGGAAACUACCAGAAAGGGCUUUAUUCAACUCAGAGCAUAGAGAUGGAUACACACAGCAUCCUACAGUGGAUGUCCUCUUCUGCCCCUCUGCAGUGCUGCAGCCAGAAGGAAGAGAGCUGCAUUGAACAAUACUCAAUCAACCAUAUCUUUAUACUUUAAAACCCGUGCAAAAGGUCAUCCGUCCCAGUCAGAUUGGGCCUCUGCGUUGCUGC